GCAUGCUCAACCGAUGAAGACUGCAGUCUUAACGGUAUCUGUGGUGAAAACGGCGUGUGCCAGUGUGAUCCGGCUUGGACCGGUACCGACUGCGGCGUUCUCGACGUCCGUCCAGCUAAGCGGGGUGGUGGUUAUAAUCUGACUCCGCAGGGAACAUCGUCAUGGUGCUCCAAGAUUGUUCAGGAUCCAAAGGAGAGCGAUCUGUACCACCUCUUUGCGUCCGAGUUUACUCACGGCUGUGGCCUCGACUACUGGGCUCCUUACAGCCGCAUUAUUCGGGCUGAAUCUCGCACGGGUCCUGCUGGCCCUUACACAUUUGCUGCUGAAGUUGUGGGAACCUUUGCCCACAACCCGACAGUCGUCUAUAGCCCAGCGGAUAAAGAAUGGCUUCUGUACUACAUCGGAUGCCCUACGAGCGUGUCAGACACAUGCCAAUCAAAGAGUUUCACCUGCGGACCAGGCAACAACGUUAAUGGAGAGAGUGGAGUUUCCGUCAUGAGCAGCCGUGAUCUCCGCAACUGGUCUUUCAAAGGACAGGUCAUGCAGGGCGACAACACUACUGACUGGGAUGCUGAUUUGACAAACCCUACUGCUUUUCCUCUGUACUCUAGCUCUUGCGGGCGUGCAGAGGCAACUGCCAAUGGCGGGCAUUGUCCUGGCCACACGGCGGCAAUGUCUGGAUUUGAGGGCCCAUACAAGAAGAUACAGUCCCAGCCAAUCUUUGAGGAAAGCAACGAGGAUCCAUUUGUAUGGCGCGACAAGCGAGGCAACUUCCACAUGCUUCUGCAUUCCCUUGAGCCUGCUGGUGGCUUUGGCUGGGGACCCCAAGUUGGUCGCCAUGCUUAUGCGAGGAACUACACAGGACCAUGGGAGUUUGGCAACCGAACACUGGCAUUCAGCACAUAUGUCCAGUGGGAUGAUGGAUUUUUCACCCAAUUUAACCGCAGAGAGAGACCAGAGCUUUAUUUUUCGGAUGAUGGACAAAUGACACCGCUCUUACUGUCAACGGGUGUGCAAGAGCAAAACAGCGGCCAGAGUUACAGUAUCAUUGUUCCUCUUGGA